GUAAAUUUGUAAAUCUUCUCUUGAUAAGAAAUCACACUCACUUAUAAGGAAAUGGGUUUAAAAGGCAAGUUGAUCUCUCAAAUAGAAACGAAGUGUUCUGGACAUUUGCUUCAUGAGCACUUCAAAUCAAAUCCACACAAAACAUCCGCCAUGGCUCCUGAUAAAAUAACAAAUUUUACACUUCAUGAAGGUCAAUUAGGAAAAACUAACUCUGUUGUUAGCUGGAAUUAUAUUCUUGGAGGAAAAGAGAGGCAUGCCAAACAAGUCCUACACAUAGACGAUGAGGAAAAAUCAAUCACUUUCAACUUUAAAGAAGGAUAUAUGAAUGAACUAUACAAGUCAAUGACACUGACACUUACAUUGAUUGCAGAGAAAAACUUUAUCACUUGGACUCUUGUGUAUGAGAAAUUGAAUGAAAAUACUCCAGAGCCCUUGGAUUUUAUAGAGUUUCUUAUCUAUCUCAUCAAGGACCUUGAGACUCACCAUGUUGGGAAAUAAAUAUCAUUCCCCAUUACUAAUAAGAUGAUGAAGUAUCAUGACUAUCCUAAAUAUUUGUUAAUAAAUAAACCUACUUGGUGUGAUAUAUGAUGCUUCAUGAGCUUGAUGAAGUGUUAGUUCUGUUGUAAAUCUCUUUAUGAGUCAAUAAAAUUGUGUGGUGUGUUAUAUGUUUCAUGAUUUGUGUAUGUAGGCGUGUUCAUUGUUAAUAAUACAUUUAUGAUGGACUUUUCCAA